CAGGGCCAGUGAUGGCGCAUAACUUGUCACAUUACUUCUGACAGAGGAAAAAGUCCGACGGUCCACAUCCUAUUGAGGGGAAUGUCAGACGGUCCACAUCCUAUAGAGGGGAAUGUCAGGCGGUCCACGUCCUAUAGAGGGGAAUGUCAGACGGUCCACGUCCUAUAGAGGAGAAAGUCAGACGGUCCACGUCCUAUAGAAGGGAAAGUCAGACGGUCCACGUCCUAUAGAGAGGAAAGUCAGACGGUCCACGUCCUAUAGAGAGGACAGUCAGACGGACCACGUCCUAUAGAAGGUAAAGUCAGAUGGUCCACGUCCUACAGAGAGGAAAGUCAGACGGUCCACGUCCUAUAGAGAGGAAAGUCAGACGGUCCACGUCCAAAAGAGGGGAAAGUCAGACGGUCCAGGUCUUAUAGAGGGGAAAGUUAGACGGUACACGUCCUAUAGAGUGGAAAGUUAACGGGCGACAUGCUAUAAAGGUGUCGUGAUUUUAGUGUAUCGCACAAAUACUUGCAUUACAUAUACUACCUAUUGUGUGCGAGAAGGCCACGUCGUCUCUGAUGCAGAACCGAACGUAACUGAGAGAUAGUGAAGAGACUGUUUGUGUCUAACACACUGAUAAGGGAUGCCCUGCUGUUGUCAGAAGGGAUACAGUGCUGUUGUCUAAGUGGAUGCUGUUUGUGCUGUCGAAAAGUAUACACUUCUGUUGCCAACAGUGAGCGGUGAAACACUUGUGGCUUCUUUAUGGAUAUUCCGCUAUUGUCUAUGGAAAUGGUCUGAUGUUGUUUAAAGGAAUAUUCUGUUGUCGUUGACAGGAUAUAGAGGAAAACACACGGCAGCAGAAGUUGAUUCCUGCAGUGGACCAACGGAACCAUGGAUAGAAAAUAUGUCAUAGUAAUUGCUGUAUGUGUGACUGUGAUAGUCGUCAUCAUCGUCAUCGUCGUUGUCGUCGUGGCUCUGUUAAUCAGACGUCGGAGGCAGGGUGUUCGUUUACAACGACCACGACCACAGAGCUCAGUUCCUUUCUCACUUGAACAUAAAAAUGUUUCCUUUGGUGAACUCAGCCGCGAUGCCAUCGUGCCGGGAUCAGGAAUAGACGACUUGGAGCUGACAGGCGUGACCAACAGCCCGACAGGGGAGGCAAUCAAAGCUGUGUGUCCCCCGACACCUCCAGUUGGUGGAGCCGCUCCCCCGCGUCUCGAUCCCAUAUAACGCCGGGGUAAUCUCACCACCAGCAUCCACUGCACAGCACCUGCACCAUCAGCUACAUCAGGAAGUCAGAAAUUGUCACCAGUCUACAAAAAACUGCACCCAUGGUACUUGUUUUAAUUCACGUCACAGGACAACUGCUUGGAGGUAAUAGGUGAAGGCUCCUUAAGAUCAGACACCUUGGAUAUGACACGAUUUGACGACAACUGUCACAGUGUAUUGUCAACAAAUUGUAUAUGUGUCGCAGUGUAUUGUCACAAAGGCAAAGUCAGGUGUGAGGAGUCAUUUUCAUCAAUGGAAGUAGGUAGGAGAAGUACAACACAACAGUGUGGAUGCUGUUAUAUGGCAGUGUAUUUUAUUGUAAUAAACAAUGAUUAUAACUGUAUUACAUUGUUUCUGUUGAGUUUCCCUAGAAGCUCACUGCAUUGUAUUUGGACAAUGAUUAGUUGUCAGGAAUGUAGGACUGUUUAAUGUAAGCAGUUUUGAGGAAGUUAAUAUAUUUAUAUGCUUGUGUGAUGUUUUAACUUCCGGAAAACUGUGGACUGAGAAGCAUGUGGAAUAUUCUGAUGUGAUGGCACUGUGUGGAAAGGUGCAGUAAUUUGCAUUGAUUUGUAAACCUAGUUUAUUUUGUAAUACGUUUGUUGAUCGUAUCCACUUGUUGGUUGUUUGUUGAUUUCACACUAAUUUCUUUUACGUACAUAUUUCUGGGUUGACAUAUUGUUUCAAUUUGGGAAUCGACACGCUACAAUGCCAUAAGAUUUGACGUCAACAAUGUAUAUCGUGUGUAUGACUAUAUGCAGGUCUUCCUUUUAGGUUGACGUAAUUGAUGUAUACAUACGUAGUGCCCAUAAAGAAUAAACCGAUAAUGGGAGAUGAUAAUGGGAUACAAGAGGAAAGGCUACAAUACACCAAAGGAUGUUGUCGAGUUACAAUAAGGGAUGUGCCGAUGUGGUUCUGUAGUAUCUAAUUGGUGUAUCCUACACAGGUCUGUACAAAUGCAGCUUAUACAAUUUAAAAAAUGAGUGUUUUUUGUGUAUACAUAAUCAGCAAUUUUCCUUCUGUAUCACGAUGGCCUGUUAUUACAUCAAGUCAAGACAAACCAGUGAUUGAUAUCAUGAGGAACGUCCAACGCCGUCGGGUAUCAUCACACGCAAUCGACCAGUCCAGUCCAGUCCAUCCGGCUAACAUUUAGUCGACUCAUACAAAAAAAACAAUAGACUGCUGGGGCCCUAAUAGAAACCUUGUGACCAAAUACCUUCUUCAAGUUAGUACAAACGCACAGAUACAGUAUUAUGAGGAUCAUAUCACAAAUAUUCAGAAAAAGCUGUGCAUUACACAUAUUAAUACAACAUGUGCUGUUUCCAUUUGUUUCUCCAGUGAGGAAUGAAAUACAGUUCAUAUACUCUGCAAAGAAAGAAACGCAAAAUUAAAAACAAAACGUAAAAUUU